UUUAGUGGGACCAAUUUUCAUACACUUUCAUGAAACCUAGACCUUCAAAACCUAGACUUCCUCCUCCUUCUUCACAGGUCUCAGUAAGAUUAUGGUUACAGCUGACAUAGACAAUGGUGCCAGAAGAUAGAAGAACCUCUUCACUUACUCGCAUCAAGAGAGAGCUCACCCGAGUAAGCCUCAAAUCUUUAACAAAUGUUUCAGUAUUUGAACUGUUUGAGGCGGACCUUAAGAUUGCUGAUGCGACAGAAGAAAACCUUAGACAAAGUCAUUUCGCAACCUCAGAUUUCAGUACAUUCCUGAACGUACUGAAGAGCAGCCUAGGGUCGGGUCUGCUGGCAAUGCCGAGUGCCUUUAUGAACGCGGGACUGUUGGUGGGCUUCAUCGGAACAUUGUUUGUUGGGGUCAUUUGCGCACAUUGUACCUACAUUCUGGUCAAGUCCUCGCAGGCUUUGUGCUAUCACACCAAGAAAAGUCACCUCAACUACCCUGAGACUACCGAGGCAGCCUUGCAGUUCGCUCUCAAGGGGAGGUUCAAGAGACACGCCGAACUGGGCAGACAGAUUACCAACGUUUGUAUUCUGCUGCCGCAUUAUGGAGCUGGUAUAAUCUAUGUGUUGAUGGCAUCAGCAACUCUAAAACAGGUUUUUGAGAGCUACACAGGGUACAGCUACAGUCUGAGAUGGUACAUAUUGUUCAUCACAGUGCCUCUACUGCCCGUCGGUACAAUACGCCAGAUGAAGUACAUGGUGCCGUUCAGUGCGCUGGCCAACAUGUUCCUGCUUGUCGGAGUUACUGCCACUCUUUACUACUCCAUCAGCGACUUCCCGCCAGUUUCAUCUCGACCUUUGUGUGCUGGGAUUACCAAGUUUCCACUAUUUCUGUCUACCGUACUCUUUGGAAUGGAGGGAAUUGGAGUGAUUUUACCAAUUGAAAAUGCUAUGAAAAAUCCAAAACACUUCUUGGGAAUUACAGGGAUUUUGAACCGUGCCAUGAUAAUCGUGGUCUUCUUAUCCCUGACGGUCGGAUUCUUCGGGUAUGUAAAGUUCGGGGACUUGGUGGAAGGCAGCAUCACCUUGAAUCUCCCAGAAACUUGCUUGGCCCAGACAGUCAAGAUUCUAGUAGCCCUUGCUAUCCUGUGUACCUACGGACUGCAGAUCAUGGCUGCCGCGCAGGUUGUCUGGAAGGCCAUGGAGUCUCAUGUAUCCAAGGAGAACCAAGACUUUGCCUACUACACCAUGCGAGUCCUUAUGGUGAUUGGACACGUCAUCUCAGCCAUUCUGGUACCUCAACUAGCUCCAGUGAUAAGUCUAAUUGGAGCUGUAGGACUGACCAUGCUGGGGCUAGCAUUGCCUGCUGCGUUGGAAACACUCACCUUCUGGGACGAGGGGCUCGGCGUGGCGCAGUGGCGACUCUGGAAGAACAUAUUCCUCGGGUUGGCAGCAGUGGUCACUCUGUUUAGCGGAACUUGGGUCAGUCUUUCACAGAUCAUCGAGGUGUACAGUUGAACUUAUGAUUGGUCAGAGAAAGAUUUGUUUUUGUACAUUCCAUUUUGUUUUCAUACAAUUAAUCAUAAAUUCUUCGCGACAGCGAAACACACUUAGGUGCAUAUUUUAAGCUGAAUCUGAAUAUAAUAUGUUUAGGAUGGAGUGAGAUGAUCUUUGUACAGUUCAUUUGGCGAGUGAAAAACCAAACAAAAAGAUCCACAGUAGCGCU